CUGGCGGCGUGUGUUCGUCUUUCCCAGGGCUCCCGGCAUCCCGGAAGUUGGACCGCGGGCUCUUCACAGUCACCCUCCUGCUAGUGUUCGCCGUGUGCUUCGGUCCCUCGUCUCGCAGUCCCAGCUCCCGGGGCCGCUGCUCUAGGUCCGCAGGUCUCCGCCGGCGACAGACCCAUGGCCGAGCGCGGAGAACUCGACCUGACUGGCGCCAAGCAGAACACCGGAGUGUGGCUGGUCAAGGUUCCUAAAUAUUUGUCGCAGCAAUGGGCUAAAGCCCCUGGAAGAGGUGAAGUUGGGAAGCUGAGGAUUGCCAAAAAUCAAGGAAGGACCGAGGUUUCAUUUACUUUGAAUGAGGAUCUUGCAAAUAUUCAUGAUAUUGGUGGAAAACCGGCUUCAGUCAGUGCUCCUAGAGAACACCCAUUUGUCUUACAAAGUGUUGGAGGACAGACAUUAACCGUGUUCACUGAGGGCUCCUCAGGUGAGUGGGCACAGAAUCACUUAAAUGCAGCUCCUACACCUGUUGUGUGGAUUCUCUCUCUCAACACGCUCUCAAAGGUCACUCCCAGGGCCCUUCCACCUGUGGUUCUUUCUGCCUCUGAUUCACAUCAUGGUGCUUCUCUGCUCGGUGCUUGA